AUGACCGAAAAGGCCCCCCUCCUCACCCACACCACCAGCCCCACCACCACCUCACCAAAAACUAUCAACUACCUAGCCUACGGCUCAAACCUGAACUCCAAAACACUGACCGACACCCGGCACAUCCACCCACUGAACGCAACCCCCGUACGCGUUCCCAGCCUAACGCUAACAUUCACGCUCCCAGGCCUACCAUACAUCGAGCCCUGCUUCGCGAAUGUCCGCCCCCGCCUCCCGCUCCCGCCACCACCGGCGAAGCAGGAGAGGGAACUACUGGGCGUGGUAUACAGCCUCAGACGAGAGGACUACGCCAAUCUCAUCACGAGCGAGGGUGCAGGGGCCGGAUACCAAGAGGUAACAGUCACUUGUUAUCCCCUCAAUACCCCUUCGCCCACCGGUAGUAAGGAGAUUACCGCCCGGACACUGCUCUGCCCGGAGGAUUCGAGUUCUGGGGAACUGACCCGCGCGGGCGGCCAGCCGUCGGGUAGGUACUUGGGGCUGAUCCGGGCGGGGGCGCGCGAGCGGGGGUUGCCGGAUUCGUAUGUGGAGUAUUUGGAUGGGUUGAGGGAAUACAGGAUCACCAGGGUUGGGCAGUCUGUUGGAAAGAUUGUGGUAUUGGCGGUUUGGGGGCCCGUGGUGGCUUUGAUUUUGUUGCUUAAUUGGGUUUUCGGGAGGGAGGGUGGCGGCGGUCGGGCGCCGGAGUGGGUUCUUGCGUUUGGGAGGAGGGUUAUGGGCGGUGUAUGGGGGUGCUAUGAUGCGGUUUUUGUCAAGGUUUUUGGCGACGGAGAGUGUACCGAGGGGGAGGCACCCGAUUUUGUUGCCGGUGAGAAGAGUGGUGGGGUCGAUGUGGAGAUUUCGGAGGUGGGGGGUGAAAUGUAGAACCUAUCCUUCAUUUCUUUCAUCAACUGCGUAACUAGGAAUAUCAGAGUAAUAGACGUUUUUGUUACCCU